GCUGCCGCCGCCCCCGGGCCCCGCCUGGGCCGCCGCCUCCUGUCCGGCGCCGCCACCCAUGGGGUGCCGGCCCCCAACCAGCAGCCCGAGGUCUUCUACAAUCAGAUCUUCAUAAACAACGAGUGGCAUGACGCCGUCAGCAAGAAAACAUUCCCCACUGUCAAUCCAUCCACUGGGGAAGUCAUCUGUCAGGUAGCUGAAGGGGACAAGGCCUUGGAGACCCUGGACAAUGGCAAGCCCUACAUCACCUCCUACCUGGUGGAUCUGAAUAAGGUCAUCAAAUGUUUACGCUAUUAUGCUGGCUGGGCUGAUAAGCACCAUGGGAAAACCAUUCCCAUCGAUGGAGACUUCUUCAGUUACACCCGCCUCGAACCAUUGGGCGUGUGCGGGCAGAUCAUCCCGUGGAAUUUCCCACUGUUGAUGCAAGCAUGGAAACUGGGCCCAGCCUUGGCGACUGGAAACGUGGUUGUGAUGAAGGUGGCUGAGCAGACCCCACUCACUGCCCUCUAUGUGGCCAACCUGAUUAAGGAGGCUGGCUUUCCCCCUGGCGUGGUCAAUAUAGUUCCUGGAUUUGGCCCCACGGCUGGCGCUGCCAUUGCCUCCCACAAGGAUGUGGAUAAAGUGGCCUUCACAGGCUCCACUGAGGUUGGCCAGCUAAUCCAGGUUGCUGCGGGGAGCAGUAACCUCAAGAGAGUGACCUUGGAGCUGGGGGGAAAGAGCCCCAAUAUCAUCAUGUCAGAUGCCGACAUGGACUGGGCUGUGGAGCAGGCCCACUUCGCCCUGUUCUUCAACCAGGGCCAGUGCUGCACUGCGGGCUCCAGGACCUUUGUUCAGGAGGAUGUUUACGCCGAGUUUGUGGAGCGGAGCGUCACCCGGGCCAAGUCUCGGGUGGUUGGGAACCCCUUUGACAGCCGGACUGAGCAGGGGCCACAGGUGGAUGAAACUCAGUUUAAGAAGAUCCUUGGCUAUAUCAAAUCUGGGAAAGAGGAGGGGGCAAAGUUGCUAUGUGGUGGAGGGGCAGCCGCUGACCGUGGCUACUUCAUCCAGCCCACUGUGUUCGGGGAUGUGCAAGACAGCAUGACCAUCGCAAAGGAGGAGAUCUUUGGGCCAGUCAUGCAGAUCCUAAAGUUCAAGACCAUCGAGGAAGUCGUCGAGAGAGCCAACAGUUCCAAGUACGGGCUGGCCGCAGCUGUCUUCACCAAGGACUUGGACAAAGCCAAUUACGUGUCCCACGCGCUCCAGGCUGGUACAGUGUGGGUUAACUGCUAUGACGUGUUUGAGGCCCAGGCGCCAUUUGGUGGCUACAAGGUAUCUGGGAACGGCCGGGAGCUGGGAGAGGACAGUCUGCAGGCCUACACUGAAGUGAAAACCGUCACAAUCAAAGUUCCUCAGAAGAACUCAUAAAGGACCACACCGGCUUCUUCUGUACUCAUCCAGUGACAGAAAAUUCAACAAGACCAACAACAAAACCAACGAGAUCAACGAUGAAACCUAAAAAUCUCAAAAGAGAAAUUCUCUCACAAAAAUCUUUUGGAACAAGAAAAUCCCAGAAUUUGAGUUCCUAUGGGGUGGGUAUGGGGUGAAAAGAGUAUGGGAAGUCUCUGAAAUUGCAACAGUACUAGCAUUCAAGGUGAUUUUUCAAAAAUAGAUUUAAAUGUCUCCUUCCGUCCAUUUGAUAUACUUUUGUAACUUGCCUUUAUGAGGGAAGAAAAAAGCCACUGUUUAUAAUUGUACCAACAUUGAGGCCAUAGCUAGCAUCUUGCUUUGUAUUCUGGAUUAAAACUCACUGAAACAGUGCUGCUCUUCACUUUUUGGGUAACUUCCUCCGUUUCAAUAACCCGAGGAAAUGCCACCACAUAGGCAUGUCGUCCCCUGGGUUUGUAUGCUAACUAUUCUCCUCCCCUACUGUGGGCAAACAGCUUUAGUUUUGUGUGUUGAAUUAACAGAUAACUGUGGCUCAUCCACCUGUGGCAGGCCUGUGCUAGGCACUACGGAUGAUACCAACAUGAGACUCCCAGCCUCUCCCAGAGGGGCAGGUAAAGCAGGAAAGAGACACUUGACAUCCAAGGCUGUCAUUUUUUUUUUAAGUUCAAAAAUGUGAUCAAAACGAGCGAGAUAGAUUCAUGCUGGACCAAUUUCAUGAGAUUGAUUUGGAAACCAGAUGUCAGUUUACUCAUUUUAAGUGAGAUCCGUAUUUCCAGUAACCAGACCUUUUACAUCUCCUAUCCAGAACACUGCCUUCCUUUAGGGGUGUGGCAAAUUAAUGUGUAUUAUUAGUAAAUUAGGAAUCAGAAGAUUCUUUGGUGAGCAAUGGAAUCAGAGCAAAAGGAUCUGAAUCAUAGUAGAAGUUUGUGGAGUUAGUGAUCAUGUCUGGGGCCCAGAGUCCUUUAAGAAUUUGAGCAAAAGUUUGAUCUUCUCUUAAGAAGAAUACGCUUUGUGUAUAAUUUUGCAGACAGUGUCAGGGGAGUGAUGAAGCUCAUUGGUGACCCCUGGUCUUAUAUCGCUCAGGCUAAGCCACAUCUUGAUAAAAUGGUCCUUAUUUUGCUAAAGACUAAUAUGACUUAUUUGAAUAGCACUUCACACUUUUUGUCAUAUAUGCAUAAACCUGUACUAUUAUUUACUUUUUUCUUUAAAUCAACUAUUAUAUUCAGAUAAAAAUUAAAUAAGCACCUUAUUGCCAUACUUAAAACAAUAGCUUUAACUGCCAGAAAUAGAAGGCAUUAUAUAAAAGAUAAGAAAAAUGAUGUGACUAAAUUCAAAUAAUGAAAUACAAGUAGACUUAAUUGUUUAGAUGUUUAUAUACAAAUAAAUCUAAUCAUUCUA